UUCCUCUCCCCCGUUCUCUGCGUCAAAGGCUUCGUUUCCCCGCUUUGAACAACGUUGGAAUUGCUACAGGAGAUCAGGUAAUUGUGUCGUCUAGCACGUUGGAGUAACAAGUCUGUGCUGGUUGCCGUUCACCUACACUGACUGCACUGCUUCACCGUCACCGCGCUCAGCUGGCCUUGCUGCUACGCCUUUUCCCUCCCCCGUCCGCUGGCAGCAACUCCCCAACCUUCGUUCCGUUCUGCAUUCUUCCUCCCUCUCUAUCUUAGUUACUUGUAGCUUGGGGUCGACAAGAGGAUCGUAGGAAAUAGCAAUCAUGGUUACCACCGCUACUCAGGCGCCGUCUCGCCGCUUCCCAUCUAUGAUCGAGAUGGCCUCUCAAGCACCGUCUCGCCGUUUCCCUUCUAUGAUCGAGAUGGCCGAGACUGCCUCAAUUCGCUCCGUUGCACCUUCUUACAUCUCCGAGGUGCCUUCCUACCAUUCGGAUCGGUACUCGUAUGCCGAUCCAUACAACCUUCCGGCGGAGCCUGCACCGCCUUACUCACCGCCAGCUGCAGGAUGGGAUAUGGCUGGCCGGCUCGGUGUCCUCUCCUCUCUAGUUCCCGCAACACUUCCCGAUCCGCCGGAAGAGCCCCGCCGCGAACGUAGUCGCACCCGUACCCGUGCCGGGGCCGGAACCUCGUCCUCCGGCAGUACUUCUCGGGGUACCUCGAGAACCGCCAGUAGAACUAGCGGUAGCAGAACCACUUCCGACAGCACUACUGCAACUACCACCAGCACAACACGACACCGAAACCGCCUCGGUAACCAUUCGGCCGCCAAUGACAGUUCGAGCACCAUUGCCAGGCUCGGAAACAACCAGAAUCGGAGCACCACCAACAUGAGGACUAGCGCGGCCGCCAGCUCCACCUCCCUCCCCACCACCACCACCACCAACGCCGGUUCCCGUCCCGUCGCCGGCACCCGGACCCGGGCCCAGACCACCCCAGACACCCCCUCCCGAUCCACCAACUCCAGCUCUCCUCCUCCCAGGGUCGGUCUUCCCCCGGUACCCUCCGGCCCGCCGUCGCGGACCGACUUCCCGGUGCUUGGCGACUUCCGCAUCCCUUCCCUCUCAUCCAUGUCCUCCAACCCCAACCUCCGCCAAUACCAAAACGUUGCGCAAAGGCGCGCAGCAGCCAACGCCUCCACCACGAACUUGGACGGUCUCAGACGGGCUCUCGAUCGCAUCGAGGAGGAGCGUAAUAACCCCAACCCGAGCAACAACGCGGCCCGCCCGCGACCUCUCGAGGAUCCGUACCUGGUAGGCGAGGAGGCGGCGGCCAAGGCGCGGCGGGAGAGGCUGGCGAGGGAGAAUGGCGAUAUCCUGAUUCAGGAGAACCAUCGGUGGGAUCUGUUUCUGAACCUCAUGAGAGAACAAGAAGAGCGCCAACCGGGCUGGCGCCGGUUCCGCAAAAACAUGGAGACGCGCACCAGCAAGCUGCCUUUCCGGCUCGGCAUGCGGGCGCGAUAGCGUCGGGCUGUAUGCCGCUUGUGUCGCGGCGAGAAGCAGCAGCAGCAGCAGCAGCAGCUUCAGAGACAGCAAGGCUGAAGAGUGUUGUUCAUCGAUCAGCCAUCAUGAUGAGACGGGUUUCGUACUUUUCGUUUCUCUUUCUCUUUCUUUUUUUUUUUCGAUUUCCUUUUCCUUUUCCCCUAUCGUCUUUUUUCCUCACCUCGCUGGACGACACGACGCAUCAUCCAACGGCGUUUUGCGAUUUGGGUUUUAUGCUUUUCACUUUUCCUUCUCUCCUUCCAUUUUAGUUUCUUGCCCUUUCUGUUUCUUCUUUUUUUCUCCUCUUCCUUCUUCUGUCGAAUCAAAAAAAGGGGUAUGGUAUGAUAAAAGCAUGCCCAAGCUUGGGUUGUCGCGACGGGAUCGGUUGCAGUAGCAUUCUUUUCCCCAACUUCGUUUUCCUCUUCGUUUUCCUUGUCUUCAUUUCAUUUUUCCUUUUCCUUUCUCACUUCUGCAUGGGCACGGUUUCUGACCUCUCGCUUGAUCUCUUGGUCAACAGAUGCACGCUUCUGUCUGGUUGCUGUGUGACAUUGUCCGUCCCAUUUUUUGCACUGCAUGAUGGCGUUGUUUUUUUUGCUACCGUGGUGCUUUGCCGAUGAUGUGACAUGUUGUCUGGGACGGAGGUUGUUGGAAAGAUUCAUUCUGGCAAUGGACUUGAAUUUGAUGACUGAUAUGAGCAAUGUCGAUGUUUUUUUUUUUUUUUUUCUUUUCUUUUUCUGAAGGCAUGGGAGGAAAGUUAUGGUG